AUGUUUGGUUUUAUAUUACUUUUACUAGUUUAAGCCUAAAUCAGAAAAUAUGAUUGGAUUAAUAAUUAUUUUGCAUUAUAAUGCACAUGUUUAGAUGAAUGUUGUAUAUAUGGUUCAUUUAUUUUAAAAAAUGAUAAAGUUAUGAAUACAAAUUUUGUUUAGAUAGAUGCUAAAUUAUAAGGAGCAGGAUGUUCUUAAUAUACAAUUGAAAAUGUAUUCAUAAUAAAUUAAUAAUAAGGUUAUUUGUACUUUAGAAUCACCAACAGAUGUUUAAACUACAUUAAGUUGUCCACUUUAAGAUUGGAAUUGGUUAGUCUCUAGAGAUAGUAAUACUGGAUCAAUCUAUUGGACUGAUAAUAAAAAUUGUUAAGGAGUUUGGAAUGUCAUUGAUUUGUCUGUCAAUUAAGUGGUUUAUUUAUUUAAACCUAUUAUUGUGUUAGGAAUUAUUUUAAUUUAUUAAUUAUGA